AUGUCCACGUCCAAAGUUGCACUGGUCACAGCUGCGAGCAGUGGUCUCGGCGCAGCCAUUGCUCGCAUGCUUGCCGUCGACCUAGGAAUGAACGUGGUAAUUAACUUCAACAGCAAUGAAUCUCGCGCAAAAGAGCUAGUCCAAAACCUUCAAGCCGAGUGCGAGAAAAAGCAUGCAGGUUCAAAUAUCUCGAUCCAGGCCAUUCAAGCAGAUACGUGCGACAAGCAGCAGAUCAAAUCGCUUGUCGAUGAAGCAGCAUCGAGGUUUGGCGGUCGUCUAGAUGUUGUCAUAUCCAAUGUCGGAUGGACAAAGAUGCGUCAGUUCUCAGACAUCGACGACAAUGUUGACGAGGAUGACUGGGAUCGCUGCUACGUUGCCAAUGUAAAGAGUCACCUUUGGCUUUUCCAUGCGGCGAAACGGUUUCUAGAGGAGAGCAACAAGCGAGAAGCUGGAGUGCCUGUUUUUGUGUCUACAGCUAGUUUGGCGGGUGUGAUCCCGAGUGGAAGUAGCGUGCCGUACGCCGUCACAAAGGCCGCCCAGAUUCACCUUGGGAAAUGUCUUGCCAAGAUAGCUGCGCCGUCAAUCAGGGUAAACACUAUUUCUCCUGGAAUAUUACUAACGGAAUGGGGUCUUUCGUUCCCCCCAGAGCGACUUGAAGCUGCUCGUAACACGAAUAAGUUGGGACGUUUUGCCACGGUUGAAGACGUUGCGGAGCAGGUUAAAGCUUUCAUCGUGUCCAAAUCAGUUACUGGACAGAAUGGGGUCGUCGAUGCGGGUUUUGGUUUGUGA